GCGAUGGUGCCGGCGGAGUGGAUAAAGAACUGGGAGAAAUUUGGGAAAAUUGAAUUUCUGAAAUUAUGCCGUAUGCUUAGUGAAAAUAAAGGCUCUGAAAAUGUGACUUUCAGAGAUAUUCAGCAAGCUUUCUAUGAGCUCUCAAGUCAUGUCAUCCAAGGAAAUCUAAAGCAGGACCAAGCAUCUAAUGUUUUCAGCAGUGUUAUUGAAUUUCGGGAUGAUGUACCGUCAAUUCUCGGUGAUGUAUUCUGCAUGUUAGAUAUUGAGACAGGUUGUUCAGAAGAAAAAAGUAAAAGAGACCAUUUCAUUCAGUUGGUAUUAGCAUGUUUGUAUUUAGUUUCAGAAAAAAUCUUGAAGGAACGUUUGGAACCAGAAACAUUGGAGUCAUUAGGUCUUAUUAAACAAUCCCAGCAAUUUAAUCAGAAAUCUGUUAAAAUCAAGACAAAACUCUUUUAUAAACAACAAAAAUUCAACUUGUUAAGAGAAGAGAGUGAAGGUUAUGCAAAGUUGAUUGCUGAAUUGGGUCAAGAUUUAUCCAGAAAUAUUACUAGUGACUUAAUUUUGGAUAAUGUAAAAUCUUUAAUAGGCUGCUUUAAUUUGGACCCCAACAGAGUUUUGGAUAUCAUCUUAAAAGUUUAUGAAUGCAGGCCAGAACAUGAUGAAUUCUUUUUGUCUUUAAUCCAGAACUACAUGUAUUUGUGUGAACCUGAGACACUCUGUCAUAUUCUUGGGUUCAGAUUCAGGUCUUACCAGGAUCCAGAUGGAGAGACUCCAUCUUCUUUGUACAGAGUUGUAGCAGUGCUGCUGCAACAUAAUCUUACAGAUUUGGAGGCUCUUUAUAUCCACCCACAUGAUAACCAGAAACUUGGUUUAUUGGAAGCAUUAUUGAAGAUUGGUGAUUGGCAGCAUGCAGAGAAUAUUAUGGAUCAGAUGCCUCUUUUUUAUGCCACUACACAGAAGGCAGUAGCUUUUGCCCUUUGUCAGCUUAUACAUUUAACUAUUGAACCUUUAUAUCAAAGACUUGGAAUACCUGCAGGUGCCAAAGGAAAACCGGUUCAUUUUUUGGAAAACAAAAGAGCUCCAAAGCAAGUAGAGAAUUUUGAAGACUUAAGAGAAGUAGUAUUCAGUAUGCUUUCUCAUCUUGGUCCUAACCUUUCUCAUGAUGCUAUCUUAUUUGCAAAAGUGGUCCGCUUAGGAAAAGCAUUUAUGAAGGAGUUUCAGUCUGAUGGAAGUAAUGAAGAAGAUAAAGAGAAGAUGGAAAUUUUAUUUAGUUGCUUACUUAGUAUUACUGAUCAAGUCCUUCUUCCAUCACUUACUUUGAUGGAUUGUAAUGCUUGUAUGUCUGAAGAACUUUGGGGAAUGUUCAAAACAUUUCCUUAUCAGUACAGGUAUCGUUUAUAUGGCCAGUGGAAGAAUGAAACUUACAAUAAUCACCCGCAUUUAGUAAAAGCUAAAACCCAAACAACUGAUAGAGCCAAAUAUAUUAUGAAGCGUCUCACAAAGGAAAAUGUCAAGCAUUCUGGAAGACAGAUUGGGAAGCUGAGCCACUGUAACCCAACUAUUUUGUUUGAUUAUGUUUUAUCACAGAUACAAAAAUAUGAUAACUUAAUUACACCAGUAGUAGAUUCAUUGAAAUAUCUUACUUCUUUGAAUUAUGAUGUUUUGGCAUAUUGCAUUAUUGAAGCUCUGGCUAAUCCAGAGAAGGAGAGAAUGAAACAUGAUGAUACAACCAUUUCAAGCUGGCUUCAAAGUCUUGCUUGUUUCUGUGGUGCAGUUUUCCGCAAAUACCCUAUUGAACUUGCUGGCCUUCUGCAAUAUGUGGCAAACCAGCUAAAGGCAGGGAGAAGCUUUGACCUACUUAUAUUGAAAGAGGUAGUACAAAAAAUGGCAGGAAUAGAAAUUACAGAAGAAAUGACAGUGGAACAAUUAGAGGCUAUGACUGGUGGAGAACAGCUAAAAGCUGAGGGUGGCUACUUUGGACAGAUUAGAAACACAAAAAAAUCCUCUCAGAGGUUAAAGGAUGCACUUCUGGAUCAUGGUCUUGCCCUUCCUCUGUGCAUUCUUAUGGCUCAGCAGAGGAAUGGGGUAAUAUUCCAGGAAGGAGGAGAGAAACAUUUGAAGCUUGUGGGAAAGUUGUAUGAUCAGUGUCACGAUACCCUGGUACAGUUUGGUGGUUUUUUGGCAUCUAAUCUGAGUACAGAGGAUUACAUUAAACUAGUGCCAUCAAUUGAUGUGCUUUGUAAUGAAUAUCAUACACCUCAUGAUGCAGCGUUUUUCCUGUCUCGACCAAUGUAUGCACACCAUAUUUCAUCAAAGUAUGAUGAACUAAAAAAAGCUGAAAAGGGAAAUAAAAAACACAAAGUUCAUAAAUAUAUUGCAUCCUGCGAAUUAGUGAUGGCCCCUGUCCAUGAAGCAGUAAUCUCUCUGCAUGUUUCUAAAGUGUGGGAUGAUAUCAGUCCACAGUUCUAUGCUACAUUCUGGUCAUUAACAAUGUAUGACCUUGCAGUACCACAUAACAGCUAUGAAAGAGAAGUCCAUAAACUUAAAGUCCAGGUGAAAGCAAUUGAUGACAAUCAGGAAAUGCCUCUAAAUAAAAAGAAAAAAGAAAAAGAACGCUGUACUGCUCUCCAGGACAAACUUCUAGAUGAAGAGAAAAAACAGAUGGAACAUGUUCAGAGGGUUCUACAGAGACUCAAACUGGAAAAAGAUAAUUGGCUUUUAGCUAAGUCUACCAAAAAUGAGACCAUCACAAAAUUUCUACAGUUGUGUAUAUUUCCUCGGUGCAUUUUUUCAGCAAUUGAUGCUGUUUACUGUUCUUAUUUCGUGGAGUUAGUGCACCAACAGAAAACUCCUAAUUUUUCUACUCUUCUCUGUUAUGAUCGAGUUUUCUCUGAUGUAAUUUACACAGUGGCAAGUUGUACUGAAAAUGAAGCAAGUAGAUAUGGCAGAUUUUUGUGCUACAUGCUAGCGACUGUGACUAAGUGGCAUAGUGAUAGAACAGUAUAUGAAAAGGAAUGUGGUAAUUAUCCAGGCUUCCUUACCAUAUUAAGGGCAACUGGAUUUGAUGGUGGAAACAAAGCAGAUCAAUUAGACUAUGAAAAUUUCCGACAUGUUGUACAUAAGUGGCACUAUAAGCUAACAAAGGCGUCAGUACAUUGCCUUGAAACUGGUGAAUAUGCCCAUAUCAGAAAUAUUUUGAUUGUACUCACAAAAAUACUUCCUUGGUACCCAAAAGUCUUGAACUUGGGCCAAGCUUUGGAAAGACGAGUCCAUAAGAUCUGUCAGGAAGAAAAAGUGAAGAGGCCUGAUCUUUAUGCAUUGGCCAUGGGCUAUUCUGGGCAGUUCAAAAAUAGAAAGCUUUCCAUGGUACCAGAAAAUGAAUUUCAUCACAAAGACCCUCCUCCAAGGAAUGUAGAAUGUACACCUGUUCAAAAUGCUGCUGGUAGUGUUGGACUAAAUACAUCACUCUCAAUAACUGUGGCUGAGGUGGAAGAAAGCUGUACUGAGGACACUGACAAAUUAAAGGAAAAUAAUCAGUGUUCUCUGAAAUUUCUUAGUAAAGCAGCCUCUACAGCAUCAAAAAUGACUACAAGUAAUGGAAACAGUGUUUUCAACAGCAAAAUUAUCAAAGACAGUGAGAAAGAAAAAACUGGUAAAGAGAAAGAGAAAAAAGAAAAGAUUCCAUCUGCUUUUCUUGAGGCUAAAGUGUUUGGUAAAGAAAAGCCAAAGGAUGACUGGACAAACAAAGAAGAAAAAGCAAAAGAACAAAAAGAAAAAAUAUUCAAGUGUGACAAAGAAAAAGUUAAAAUGGAAGAAAAAGUCAAGAUCUGUGGGGUACAUUCAAAAUUGAUUAUAGAAAGAGAAAAGGAACCAUCCAGAGAAAGAGAUAUUCCAAAAGAAUCCAAAGGCAAGGAAAGUAUAAAAGGAGAAAAAAUAGCAAUUGCUGGGUUCUUAAAUUCACCGGUUCUCCAGCUGGAAACAUUAGAGUCUGAAAAGGAACAGAAACGACGAAAACUUGACAUCCGAUUAUCCCCUUUGUAUUUCUCAGCAGUUAAGGAUAAUCUCUGUGAAAUCAAGGAGUCCUCAGGAAUGCAUUGCAUUACCCCUACUACUCCAACACUGCCCAUGAUUAAAGAAAAAGAAAUGGACAUGAAAGAUUUGGAAAGAUCCAGAGAGAGAGAAAAGAAAGAUGACAAGGACAGGAAAGAACGCAAAAGGGAGCAUUCAAACAAUGACCUUGACUUCCUACAAGAUUCUACUAAAAGACGUAAAGAAGAAAAUGGAACAACUAGCUCUUCAAAACACCGUAGAAAGGAAAGCCCCUGUGAUUCUCCUUAUUCAAAUGAAAAAGAAAAGGAAAAAAAUAAGUCAAAAUUCUCUGGAAAAGAAAAAGGUGACUUGGUUAAAAUUGAGAAGAUAGAGAAGAGUGGCAAAAAGGAGGCCAGGCAUGAUAAAGAAAAAACAGAAAAGAAGGAAAAAUGGGAAACCACAGGUGUAAAGGAAGAAAAAAAACAAUAUCCUUUAAAGUAA